CCCUAACAAGUGGUACAGCUCUGCGAUUUGUGCAAUUUUUACAUCAUCUCUUAUAGAAUUCAUCGUAACCGAAAUAAUGAAAAUAACAGUUGUACUUGUUUUAGCUGUAUGCUUUUUGGAAGUAGCUGAGUCAGCUUUGCCAAUGCAGUUAGCUGAUGGCAGCAGUGUAUAUGAAGGACGUCUUGAGAUUUGGUUUAAUGGUAGAUGGGCGACAGUCUGUGGUAAUGGAUGGGAUAUACAGGAUGCGAAUGUUGUUUGCAGCGAGUUGGGCUAUACUGGAGCGUCUGAAGCCUUCAGUAGCAGUGACGUGUUCGGCGAAGGAACUGGUCCAAUUAUUCUUGAGAAUGUCGAGUGCCGCGGAACUGAGUCUUCGUUAACACAAUGCCCAAACGAUGGCUGGGGAGUCCACAAUUGCACUCACUCCCAGGAUGCUGGCGUUAGGUGCAAUGAAACCAAGACGAUUCGGUUAGUUAAUGGAACAACCAAUCGAGAAGGAAGACUAGAAGUGAUGUACUCAAAUACUUGGGGAACAGUUUGUGAUGAUGCUUGGACCGCUAUUAACUCGGAUGUUGCGUGCAGACAACUCGGCUUUGCAGGAAGCUCAGCGUCUUAUGGUAACGCCCACUUUGGCCAAGGAUCCGGACCAAUAAUGCUGGAUGACGUAAGAUGCACUGGAGUUGAAGAAGCUAUAUCAGAAUGUAGACAUAGCGGUUGGGGUGUUCAUAAUUGUGAUCACUCCGAGGAUGUUAGUGUUGUGUGUUAUAAUCGUUUAACAACUGAAGUUGCACCAUGGACUCGUGAUCGGACAGAUACCACCGAUGGAGAUUUGACCACACGUCACUAUGAAGAUUGGACCACUGAAGAUGGAGAUUUGACCACACGUCACUAUAAAGUUUGGACCACUGAAGAUGUAGAUUCGACCACCAAAGAUGUAGAUUCUACCACACUUAAGUAUGACGAUUGGACCACUGCACAACAAGAUGGAGAUUUGACCACACGUCAGUAUGAAGAUUUGACCACUCCACAUCAAGAUGAAGAUAUUCUAGCAGAUGUACAGUGUGAUGAUGCAUACAUGACUAUAUUAGUUGGUGAUAGCUCCCUCAUCGAUCAAAGCAACUUCCCUCCUCAUUUACUUGAUAUCAGUUGUACUUCAAUUGGACAAGUAAAUAAAGACGGGGUUUCUUGGCUCUUGUUUAUGACAAGAUAUGACAGAUGUGGAACACAGGUUCUGUUUUCAGAUAAUUAUGUCGAGUACUCAAAUUCUGUGAUUCUAAAACGAAAAGACGAAAGUGAUAUCAUUUCUAGAGAACACGAACUUGUAAUUCCAGUUAAGUGCAACCUAAAGAACUCGGGAAAAUCUUCAAUAAACUUCGACCCGCAAGAGGUCUCACUAAUUGGAGAUGCGGUUGAAAGCGAUGGAAACUUCUCUUUUGCUUUAGACAUGUAUCAAGAAGGGAACUUCACUCUUCCGUACGGUAACAAUGAUUAUCCAGUCGUUGUAGAUAUUGGGCAGACGAUCUACUUGGGAGCCCAUGUAACUUCUUACACUGAAGACGUCAAGUUAUAUAUUGAUUCUUGUGUUGCUACGACAAGUUCAGAUGCAUCUACAUCGCCAAGAUAUGAUCUUAUCCAAGAUAGCUGCCCUUCAGAUGACACUACAUCGUUUGCAGAAUCACAUGGUGAUAAUCAAAAUGUGUACUUUCAGCUUGAUGCAUUCAGAUUUGUGCAAGGCCAAUAUCUGGUUUACGUACAUUGUGAGAUGACUCUUUGUAAUGCUACUGACCCAACGUGUACCAGAACGUGUGGACAACGUAAUAGACGUUCACCAAUGACGCUAUUCAAGAGAGAAAAACUAUCGAAAGGGCCAUUGUUUCUGCGACAUGUAAAUUCGGAAAGCAAUGAAGCCUCGCAAGCCAAAUCAUCUACUAUUACCGAAGACCGUUCGAAUACGCUACUUAUUACUUCAGUUUUCUUUGUUAUGAAUUUUCUUCUCAUCGUUGGGAUUGCUAUUUACGUAGUUAAACGAAGCCAGCCUGUUCAGACAACCAAUCACUAUCAACCCUUGCCACAGGAUAUCGAAUAGAAUGUCACUUUUUGUCACUUAUCAAACAUAAAAUGUCACAUUCCUUAUCAUAAGAGUUUCCAAUGUUCUGUUCACACUA